AUGGCGAGAAAGUCCUUUGACAAGGCUCAUUUUCUGCAUAUUGAUCGACACAAGCAUAGAAAGGAAUACAAACGUCUGAAGAAGCUAUUCCGAGACAAUGCAUAUCUCGUCAAUCCCAAUGAAGCUGUACGGAAUAAGCAACUGCUGAAAUACUGGAGAACAAGGAGUUUGCUGUUUUCGAAGAUAAAUGAUUGUCCAAUUUACAUGACGGACGAACUUUGGUUUAGCGUCACACCGGAGCUCAUAGCGAAGUUUCUGGCAAAGUUCAUCCGGGCCUGCCUUCCUGAGGCCACCAAGGUGAUGGACGUAUUCUGUGGUGGUGGUGGCAACACUAUCCAGCUUGCGAAAACCUUUCCCACAGUCUAUGGGAUUGAUGCUUCUCUUGAGCACCUUUAUUGCACUUAUAGAAAUGCUAGGGCGUACGAUGUGGCCGACAGGAUAUGGUUAAAGCAUGGGUCUUGGCAACAUAUUGCGGCUAAGGGUAGAUUUGCAAAGCUGGGGAUAGAUUGCGUAUUUGGAUCUCCUCCUUGGGGUGGUCCGGAUUAUCUGGCGAGCAAGAGCUACGAUCUCGAGGCGGCCCUACAACCAAUGGGCAUUACCGAGAUGCUAGCGACGUUUCUCUCAGUAUCUUCUAACGUCAUUCUGUUCCUGCCUCGGAACAGUAACUUAGAUCAAAUAUCAAGGGCCACCAGAAGCCUGCUAGGUCCCUCUGGGCAAUGUAGAGUGGUUUAUGUCAAGACGAAUGGUUAUACCAAAGGUCUUCUUUGCAUGUGGGGUGCGGCCUUGGUUUCACCAAAGGAAGAGCAACCAAAUGUUGGGAGUGAUGAUGAGCGACCGCAUGGACAAGCAGAAGAAUCACAAGAUGAGCGAGGUAAAAAGGUAUUGGUAAAUUAUGACCUCGAUGGCUGA